AUGAACUCCAGAAAUGUCUCGAUGAUUCUUCUCGUCAUGGCCAUCGCGGCAGUAGCAGUCGAAUCGAUGGCACAGUCAAUGACAGGCGACGACAUAGGCCACACCAACGAGGCGGGAAUGUCAAUGGCCACGUGCGACGCCAUGGAAGGACAUUGCUUCAACGCGGAUACAGACUUCAUGAUGGAUAUGGAGAGUCACGAUAGGUUGUUAUGGCAGGUGGGCCCGGGGAGGCAGAGGUACAUUACCUACCAAGCACUUAGGGCGAACAGUAUCCCGUGUGGCUGGCGUGGAAACUCCUACUACGAUUGCGAUGCGCACAAGAGGGUCAACCCUUACCGUAGGGGUUGCACCGCUGCUACCCGUUGCUUCAGGUACACUCAUUGA